AUGAUAGCCAGGGUGCCAAAUUCUCACCCAGCGCUUCCCAUCAGUCGAGCCCGAGAGACCAGUCAUCAGACUCACAACCUCACACAUCGUGCGAUGCGAUUCGCCACGGGAAAGCAACCUAGGAAAGAAACCAACAGCAUGGAUCAGGGCAGGGCCCGGCAGAAGCAACUCUCCGACGUCGACUCAGACCAUCCAAACACUACCUCCAUCAUUUCCGAGUGCACACAUCUGUCGGUACCUGACCCCCUCUCACAGCGGUUUGGCGACUUGCGAAAGGCGUUACCAUCGUCACCCAAGAGCCGUGAGUGCCGCGCCGGCCGGUCAUCAACAGGGACGGCUCGAACUCACCCCGAGAAACCGGUCCGCUCUACGCCCGGAGCCGCAUUCGAUUCGGGUCCCACAGCAAUCCCGCGUAUAACAUAG